AAAAAACCCACAGAAACUUUUUUUUCAUCCAGUUCAAGGCAUUGACUUUUUCGAUGAUUCAGAUGCUUUACAAUCAAAUCAAUGAAAAUAAUAAUCAUCAUCAUCGUUGUUUGAUUUAAUUAACAAGAGAAAUAAUUCCGCAGAGAAUUUUCGCUCAAACAAAAAUCUUUUUCAUUUUUGCUCAUCCCGGUCUGUGAAUUUCAUCAAAAAUCAAAAAUCAUUUUUCUUCCCGGCUGUGAUAUUUAUUUACCGUCCACCUUCGAUUUUCUUUUGAAAUCUUUCGUAUUCGAUCUGGUCAACUAAAAAUCAAAAAUCAAAAAUAUGGCUACAUAUCAACUGUUGCCCACCUCUGCAUCAACUUCAUCAUUACAUCAACCACAUCAACAACAAUCACCACCUGUACAACAACGAAAAGCAUUAUCAUUUACAAUACUAAUAUUAAUGGUAGCAACAGCAACAUUAAUAACCAUCAUUCGUUUUACAGUGAAUCCAAAUCUAAAUGGCCAAACAUUUGUACAACCAACCAAUGCAUUUGCAUUACAUUAUCGUCGUGAACAGCAAAUGAUGUUAGCUAAACAGCAACUUGAACAGCAGCAGCAGCAAAAACGUCCAUUAUCGACCUUUGACCGCCGGCAGCCUGUGAAACAAAUUGGCGAUAGUGGUAAUGGUAAUGUAAAAAAUAAAUUUAACACUUUACUAUCAAGGGAUCCAACUUCGGUAAAACUUGUAAAUCUUGUGGCCAACAACAAUGAUGAAAGUAAAAAGGAUGAAAAAAUGAAAAAAUUGCCAUUAAAAUCUUCAUCGUCGUUUUUAACGAAUAAUAAUUCCAAUAACGUGCCAAUCAAUAUACAACCGGAUUUAAAAUUAAAUCCGAUUCAGCAGCAAUCAUAUUCAGUAUCGCCAUCUAGUAAAACAAGUAGUGUUACAAGUUUAAUGGCUGAUCAACGUUUUGAAAAAGAUUAUCGUGAUGAUCCAAUAACCCAAAGUACAGUGAUGGGUUCAUCAACACUUAAUUCUCUUGGGUUGAAAAAAUCUCCCAUAAAAGUUAUUUUUGAUCGAGAAGAUUUAGCUGAAACCGAACGAAUGAAUAUUGAUAAAGAAGAUGGUUGUGGUGAAGAUCAAGGUGCUUAUGCUGAUCUUUUAGUUCUCGUCAAUUCAGCAGUGUUUAAUUUUGAUGCACGUAAUGCAAUUCGUGAAACAUGGGGAAAAUUUUCUAUUGAACGUGGUGCUUAUUUUUAUUUUUUACUUGGUUCAACUGAUGAUCAACGAAUACAAGAUCAAGUACAAGAAGAAGAUUUUAAAUAUGGUGAUAUACUGCAAGGAACUUUCCAAGAUAAUUAUUAUAAUUUAACAUUAAAAACAAUAACAAUGAUGAAUUGGAUAACAAAAAAAUGUUCAAAAAUACGUUAUGUAUUAAAAGUUGAUGAUGAUAUGAUGAUUAAUAUGCAACAUGCAUGUGAUUUUACCGAGAUAAAUCCAAAUUUUCAUAAAGUUAUUAUCGGGAAAUUGGCAAAAAAAUGGAAACCACAUCGUUCACGUGUAUCCAAAUGGUUUGUACCAUACGAAGCUUACAAUCAAACAUAUUUUCCGAAUUUCGUAACCGGACCAGCUUAUUUUUUUACCGGUGAUGCAGCCCGUCCAUUAUGGGAAACAAGUAUUUCAAAUCGUACUACGGCAUUUUAUUUGGAAGAUGUUUUUAUGACAGGAAUUGUUGCCGAAACAGCCGGUAUUAAACGUUAUAAUCAUGCUAUGAUGCGUAAUGUUCAUUUAAAAUUAGAUAGCUGUACAUUUCCAAAAAUUAUGACAAGUCAUAAACAUAAACCAGAUGAAAUAAGACAAUUAUGGAAAUCUCUUUAUUUUUCUGGACAAAAAUGUAUUAAACAAACGAAUAAUAUUGUUCAACGUACAACACCAAAAUCCAAAAUUAUUAUCGUUACAAAUAGCCAAAAUAACAGUAACAGCCAAAAUAAAUCUGAUUCAACAUUAGUGGCCAAAAAUCCAUCAAAAACAUGAUAAACAAGAAGCUUGUUUGUUUUGUAUAAUUUUAGUCAUUUUCAUCGAUUUUUUUUCAUUUU